AUCACUUUCAGAGUAAAAUUUUACGCAUUAUCGUAAAAUAUAAACCGUGUUCUGUUAUGAAUGAAUUUCUCUUAAUGGUAAGAGAUGUCAGAUGAUGCAACGGACAAUACGAUUGCGUAUUUCGUUGCUACUCGGCGGUUUUCAUCUCGACAUCGCGCACCGUCUGCGAGCGCCCGACAUCUCGGCUGGUUCAUCCUUGACAUCGCCGACAAGCCGCAGAUAUAUAAAAUCGGCAUAAUAUUGGCGGACGUCUUGUCUCGUGUCUUCUGCAUUGCGCUCUUCGCGCGCCGUGCGAUCGAGUCGAAAAUCGUGCAUUCCGGUUCGGCACGCCAAUAACGAGCGACAAAAGAGAGCAACCGGUGUUCAUCCACUGCCAGACAUACAGGCAACACGCGCUAAAUUUAUUACAUAAACUGUUUUAAAACAUGUGUCAAUAAGUGAAAAUUUAAGACGAAAUAUAGAAAAAAUGCUUUCACAAGGAGUUUUUAUGGUUUUGCUCACGAUGGUGAGCUGCGUAUAUUCCUGUCAUCGGAAAACAAUGAUCAACGGUCAUGGUGUAACCGAGGGUGACAAGAAUAUGAUUCUCGAGUACCACAACCGAAUGCGACAAGCAGUGGCGAUGGGCACGGUUCCAGGUCAGCCUGCAGCCGCCAAUAUGAUGGAACUCAAGUGGGACGUUGAGCUGGCUCAGCGGGCACAAAAAUGGUCAACUUCCUGUGGCGCCGAGGGACAUGAUGCAGGACGUCAUUUAGGUAGAUUUGAAGUAGGUCAAAAUAUCGCGACGAUGUGGACUCGGGCAACGCCGAGGAACACGUUCGACAUGAUGGCAAAUUUCGCCCACGCUAUUGGCAGAUGGUUCGACGAAUAUAGGAACUACCGAUUUGGCCCGCUUCAAGGAUAUUCAAAAAACACCGGACAUUACACUCAGAUGGUCUGGGGUGAGACGGAUUUGAUAGGCUGCGGUUUCUCAUACUACUACGACACCACAAAAGGAUUCACCAAGAAUUAUGUGUGCAAUUACGGCGCCAGCGGUAACGUGCUGGGCCAGGAGCCGUACGUCAAAGGACGACCUUCCUGCCAGCGAUUUAAUUAUGCGCCCUCAGCGCGAUACAUUGGAUUGUGCGAAAAACCCAAAUUCUCACAUAAUUAUUUCUACGAUCUACACUCAAAUUACAUUGGAUAUUGAAUAUUCUUCAAAAUGUAUUAUAUUUAAGUAUGAGUAACUAAUUAUUUAUUAUAUUUUUUAAUUUAUUAUUUUAUUUGAAAUAAACUUGCUGUAAAGUCUAGAAA